AUGCGGUUCCGGACUGAAUUAAAGAACAUUAAGACAUUUUCGAAACUCACGGCAGCGCUUGGUUCUCUCGAGAAAAUUGCCUGGGUGCGCCUUAGCGAUGAUACCGUAAGAUUCACCGUGAUCCCUGAUAUGGGAUCACAAGUCUGGGCCUCGCUUUCCAUGGACUUCCUCUUUGGCAAAUACAUCAUCCAAUCAAACGAGGAGAACAACAACAUUGACCUGGAGCUGCCGCUCCAGCCUCUUCAGCGAGCCCUCAAGUCUGCUCGUGAUGGCAUGUCGGCCACGCUGGGCCUGACCAAGAGCGACGGGAUCCCCGUGCUCCGCAUGACAAUCAAGACCACCACCUCCAACUCUGCAAACGGGCCAUCCUCCACCAAGCCUCCAACGGAUGACCCAUACGCUGAUCCCGACGACGAGGUCUUCCAGAAAGAGCACCUGGAAACCCCUCUCCGUAGGAAGCACGAGAAGAUCAUCACACAGGACAUCCCCGUGCGAGUCCUCCACCCCGAGAUCGUAGAGACCAUCAUGCAGCCCAAAGUCCGCAACCCAGACGUCCACAUCCAACUGCCCCCGCUCCUGCAGCUCAAGGCCAUCUCCGAUCGCUUCACGAAGCUCGCACUGUCAUCAUCAAAUGCCCCCAAGGCGCCCAAACUCGAACUCAGCGCCAACAUGCACGGAGACUUGCGCCUGCGCAUGCAGACUGAGACCAUUGACAUAUCAAGCUCCUGGUCGAACCUGGAGAACCCCGAGCUCGACCCUAAUCAGCUCGACGUCCCCCUCGAGGAACACCCAAGCACCAGGUUUCGGGAAGAAGGGCCGGACCGCUGGGCCACCGUUCGCGUGGAUGGCAAGGACUGGAGUAAAGUGUUGAGCGUUGGCCGAUUAGAGGGUCGUGUCAUUGCUUGUUUUGCAGAUGACCAUGCCCUCAUUUUAUAUGUUUACGUUCCGCACUACGACGAGGUCAUGGCUGACGAGUCUGUCGUCACUUAUUACGUACAAUCAUAUAGUUCCUAA